CUAGCUGGGUUACAAGAAUCUGAACAUGCUAGUCAGCAAUUUGAAAAAAAAGAUAAUCAGAAUGACCUGUUAUUUUCACUAAAGCAAGAAUCACAGCAUGGUAGCCUAAGGACAGAAAACAAGAUUGAUGAUACAAAUGAGCCCCAUGUGACCAUCGCUUCUGAGAAUAGGACAAAGCCACCGAAACAAAAGAUGUCAUUUGGUCAACAAACAUACAGCAUCAUUUCACUGGGGGAAACUGCUUGGUUAAACAGAAGAUCUGGCAAAUUAAUGAGAAACCAAAGCCAGCAGACUAAUGAUAGUUGGCUUCAGAAUUAUAGAGAGAAAAAACACAAACUUGCCAGUAAAGAUAUUCUGUCAAAGAGAAAUGAACCUGAGGUUCAAAAAUCUCAAAGAAUCAGUCCAGAGUCAGGGAGUAGUGAACAAUCCACUGUGUUUGAGGCCAGAAGAAGCAGAGAACAGGCUGCUGUGCUUGAGUCCCUUAAGGACAGUAAGCAGUCCCCAAGUCUAGAAUCCCAGAGAAGCAGCAAACAGCUUAUAUCCCUUGAAACUGAGAAUACGAGUGAACUGCCUGCUAUAUCGGAGCCCCAGAAGAGUGAACAGUCUGUUGUUCCAGAAUCUCAAACAAGUGGUGAAUGGUUUGCCAUGCUUUAUUCCCAGAAGGUUGGUGGCCAGCUCACCGUUCCAGAAUAUCAAAGGGAUAACAACGAAUCCAUGCUCUCUGAGCUCUGGAAAGGUGGGGAGCUGUCUGCUGCCUCAGAAUUCCAAAGGGGCAGGGAAGAGCCCACUAUAUCUAAAUCCCAGAAGGCCACUGAACACUCAGUUGCUCCUGACUUCCAAAGGAACAGCAGAGAGACUAUUUUUCCUGCAUCUCGAAGAGGUAGUGAAAAAUCUACAGUGUCUGAAUCCUGGAGGGCCAGUGAAGAACAUGAGUUCCAGAAGGCUACUGAGCCACCCAGCAACAUACAGUCCCACAAGACUAGUGAACAGUUUUUUAUGAGUGGAUCCAAAACCAACUUUUUUCCUGAGAAAUGGGAGCCCAGUGAGCCAUUCUUCUUGCCUGAAUUCCAGAGAGCCACUGAAACUUCCAGCAUGCCCCAUUCCCAGAGGGCUAGUGAACCCCCCAGCAUACCCCAGUCCCAGCAGCCUAGUAAACCACCCAGCUUGUCCCCAUCCAGGAAAGGUAGUGAACCACCCAUAUCCCAGAAAGCUAGUGGAUUACUUCCUGUAUCUGGGUCCCAGAAGACAGAUCUUCCCCCAGUUUCUGAGUCCUGGACUGACAGAAAACAAAUCAUUUCUUCAGAAUCUGAAAUUGGCAGUGAAUAUCCCACUUUGCUUGACUUACUUAAAGGCAGUGGACAGGCUGAUGUUCAAGAAUUCCCAGAAUGCAGUGAACAGCCCAUCUGCCCUGAGUCCCAGAAGUUGGAUGAACCUGCUGUACCUGAGUCCCCAAAUAAUAGUGAACAGCCCACUAAUCCAGAAUUCCAAAGAGGCAGUGAACACUCUUUUGUGCUUGAAUCCCAAAAGAGCAGUGAACAACUUGCUGUAUUGGAGUCCCAAAUGGAUAGCAAACAGCCUGUCAUCCCUGAAUCCCAAAGGAGCACUGAACUAUUGAUUGAAUCCAGAUACAGGAGGGACAGUGUGAAGCCUGAUACAUCAGAAUCUCAAAGAUGCAGUGAAACACUCAUCAUGCCCAAAUCCCAGAGAGAUGGUGAACAAGCCAUCAUGCCUGAGUCCUGGAAUGUUAGCCAACAAUCCACUGCAUCACUGCCCCAGUGGGAAAGUAAGCAGCCUGCUGUGGUAAAGGCAGAACCCCAGCUGGAUGCUGAAAAAGAGAAUGAAGUAGUUGGGGAUAGUACUCUUGAAAGUGACAUAAAUCAGUCAAAACAAAAGCCUUCAUUUUCUGAAAAAGCUCAGCAAACAUAUAGCAUUAUUUCAGUUGGAAUUAAUACCUGGAUAAGCAGCAGAACUGGUAAAUUAAUUACAUGUAGUAGUCAACAAACUGAGAGAAGUUGGCUUCAGGAUCACAGAGCAAGAAAAGUAAAUCUCACAUCUAAAGGAAGCUUGGCUAGGAAUUUUGCAGCUGAAGCAGCAAAAACUGAAUUUGAUAAAAUACAUCACCCUGAGGAUGACAGAAAGGAAGUUGUAGCACAGCAAGAUACUUGUAAGGAUGAAUCUCAACCUGAGAAUCAGAUGACAGCAGCAGCAUUGAUUGAAGACAAAGGACUAAUAUCUUCUGAAGGUCAUGAAGCAGAAAAAGAACUGCAGGAGUCUUGCAAAGAUGAACCCAUUGUGGGAAGCCAACAAGAGGAGUCGCUGCAGUCCCAAAGAGUGAGUCUACAGGAGGAUGCUUUAAUAGAUGGAGUCCCAAAGCCUGUGAUACUAGCUUCCCAACAAUCUGGCCAAGAGAUAGUGAUGGUGGCAUCCAAACUGGCUGAGGUGGUAGAAUCAUCCCAACCCAGCGAACAUGCAAAUUUUCCAUCUCGAUGCAUCAGCCAACAGCCAGAGGUGACAGCAUCCCAACAAAGUAGCCAGCAGACAGAGAAAGCAGCAUCCAAGCAGAUUAGCCAGCAGGCAGCGAUAGCAACAUCCCGGCAGCCCAGCAAGCAGGCAGAGGUGGCAGCAUCCCGACAUGCCAGCCAGCAGGCAGCGAUAGCAACAUCCCGGCAGCCCAGCAAGCAGGCAGAGGUGGCAGCAUCCCGACAUGCCAGCCAGCAGACAGAGAUAGCAACAUCCCGGCAGCCCAGCAAGCAGGCAGAGGUGGCAGCAUCCCGACAUGCCAGCCAGCAGACAGAGAUAGCAACAUCCCGGCAGCCCAGCAAGCAGGCGGAGGUGGCAGCAUCCCGACAUGCCAGCCAGCAGACAGAGAUAGCAACAUCCCGGCAGCCCAGCAAGCAGGCGGAGGUGGCAGCAUCCCGACAUGCCAGCCAGCAGACAGAGAUAGCAACAUCCCGGCAGCCCAGCAAGCAGGCGGAGGUGGCAGCAUCCCGACAUGCCAGCCAGCAGACAGAGAUAGCAACAUCCCGGCAGCCCAGCAAGCAGGCGGAGGUGGCAGCAUCCCGACAAGCCAGCAAGCAGACAGAGAUAGCAACAUUCCGGCAGCCCAGCAAGCAGGCGGAGGUGGCAGCAUCCCGACAAGCCAGCCAGCAGACAGAGAUAGCAACAUCCCGGCAGCCCAGCAAGCAGGCGGAGGUGGCAGCAUCCCGACAAGCCAGCAAGCAGACAGAGAUAGCAACAUCCCGGCAGCCCAGCAAGCAGGCGGAGGUGGCAGCAUCCCGACAAGCCAGCAAGCAGACAGAGAUAGCAACAUUCCGGCAGCCCAGCAAGCAGGCAGAGGUGGCAGCAUCCCAGCGAGCCAGCCAACAGCAAGAAAUAAUGACAUCUCAACAGGGGGAAGGAAUGGCUCUCCAAAUAAGCAGGAAAUUGGACUUGGAGCAGGAACUCAGACAAGGAAGCAAGCAGUAUAUGAAACACGAAUUUCACUGUAAUAACAUCAUUUGGAACACAUCAGCAAGUGAAGUUCAGCAGUCUUGUGAGUCUGAAAGCAGGAGUACCCUUGACAGUUUAACAUCAUAUACAGAGGGAGAAGAUGAAGCUCAGCAGACAUACAGCAGAAUUUCUCUAGAAAAUGGUGUCUGGCUAAAUAGAAAAACUGGAAAAUUACUGAGAAACCAUAGCCAGCAGACAAGUUUGAGCUCAUUUAGUAAAACAACUCUGGAGGACAAUGGAAAUUCCGCAGGAUGUCCCAAAUCCCCCACAUCUGAUGUGAAAGUGAGUGAAAUAAAACCUGGUCAGGCAACUUCCAGUAGCAGUGAACCAGCUCAAAUGGUUUUAUCAAAUCUCAGCAUUCUGCAAUCUUGGGAAGAAGAGCAGAGUACUGAGGAAGUUGAGAAAGUGCUAACUUCUCAUGUAAGUGGGACUACUCCUCUGAGUGUACAAUCAUCCUUAGCUUAUGUAGAAGUGAAAUAUGACACCAUGCUCACUUGUAAUUCAGUAUCUGUGCCAGAAGGAAGCUGGAUAAAUCUUAAAACUGGCAAGGUACUAUCAUCUCAUUAUCAGCAGACAGAUGAAUCUUCCUUUCAGAAAUUUGAGGAAGACGUGCAACCAAUUCGGCAUCCUAGCUAUACACCUGAGCUGAGUUGUUAUGAUCUGACUGAUAGAGAGAUAAGUGAAGGUUCACAACCAACCUGCUGUAGUGAUGCAUAUAUGGAAUCUGAAAUGCCUGAUGGAUAAGAUUAUUGCUUUGAAGUGAUUGAGACUGAGAUAGACACUUCUGCUAUGAAAAAGAAACUUGGAAUUUUGAUGGAUGGUGGUUGGAAUACCACAAGAAAGAGUUCCAGGAAAAUGGAUAGUGAAAUAAAAAUGGGAAAAGCUGCAUAUUUUGUGGUUCAUCUGCUUCAGUGAUAAUUAAUCAAUUUAUGGCUCUAUACCACUUCCUCACUUCUCUAUAAGAGACAGGGUAGGCUGAAGUUCAGUUCUGUUUACAGAUACAGUAUGCAUUCAUCAUUUGCUAGCUGCAAAGUCAAGUGAUGACUGGCAUAUCUGAAUGAGCCAUCCUAAGUCAAAUACCAUGACAGAGUUAUGUUAUUCCAUAUCACUUCCUAUAUAAAUUAAAUUGAAAUAAAUGUGCCUAUUAUAAAAGCAUGGUAUAGAUGACUUUUUGAAGGAAGCAUGAGUAUUUUAAUAUUUAACAAGCAUACUUUUAAUUCUCAACAUUGUUUCCCUUGAUUAAAUGUGGCUACCUCCAUUUAAUCAACUAAAAUAUAAUUGGCAAAUCUACUUACUGAAAACAGAUAAG